CGGAAAGGGGCGGGGUGACAGCAAGCGCACGGCGGUACGGGCAGCGCUGAGACGCAGCCGGAGUCGGGGCGACGGUUUCUCCGCGGCGGCGAUCCCCAGCUGCGCCCCAUGAUUCGGCCCUGCGCCGCGGCGGCUCUGCCGGCUGCCGCCACGGCGCCGGGGGCGGGGGCACGGAGGGUGAGUGGAGAGCCGUCCGCGGCGAUGAUGAAGAGGGUGGUGGGCAGUCCGGUGACUGCCGUCAUGCAGGAAAGCUUCAGUUGCGCCAUCACCAACCGCUUCUGCCACCUCCUGGACGACCAGUCGGACCCCUUAGACAUCCUGCGCGCGGCCGAGCUCCGCCAGCGGCCCGACCCAGGCUCCGGUCCCGGCGGCAAGGCGGGCGGCGGCAAGAGAGAGUCCCAGAAGGAACGCAGAGAGCUCGGCCCCGCCCCGGUGCGCAGGGGCCCACCGCAGCCCGGCCAGAAGCAAGCAUCUAAGCAAGGAGUACAGCAAGGAUUCAAUCACGGAGGAGCACAGGUGAAACAAAACAAACCUGAAUGGAGACCAUCUUUCAGGGAAUACCAUUCCUAUGGUACAGAGAGAGAUGCAGAAUUUUUAAUGGAAAGACAAAUCAAAAGGUCAGACUGUGAAAGGCCAAUAAGAGGUUGUGGCAGAGGAAGAGGUGGAAUGCAAGGUAGAGGAAGAGGUGGCAGAAUAAGCAGAUGUUUCGAUGGCUUUGACCAAAGAGGAAGACUGGAACUUGAAAGGCAAAGUGGGAAUGGCAAAGUAAGAAUGAAAGCAGAUGACAAAAAAAGUGGAGGUGAAGCUUGCAACUGGGGAACAGUUAAAAAUGAUACAAGUGGGAUGGAACAGACUUCUGUGGAAGAGACUGCAGAAACAGCUCAGCAGCCAGGGGCAUCUGAAGGACAGCAUCUAAACAAAGUUGCUGAAGGAGAGCCAAUGGAAGAAGUAGUUCAAGAAAUGACGUUAGAUGAGUGGAAAAAGCUUCAGCAGCAGAAUCGACCAAAGCCUGAAUUCAACAUCCGGAAGCCAGAAUCCACUGUUCCUUCCAAAGCAGUGGUGAUUCACAAGUCAAAAUAUAGAGAUGAUUUGCAAAAAGGCAACUUUGAAGAUGAUUCUCAUGUCUUUCGAAGACCAGUGAAUGACAUAACAUCUCAGCUGGAUAUUAAUUUUGGGAGUCUUCCUCGCCCUGGCCAUGGAUUAAGAGGAGCACGAGGUGAUCGUGUUUAUGGCAGACAACUUGAGGAGUCAGGACCUCAACCAAACGUAGGAGUGCAACUUGUUGCUCCAAAUCCUGAUGAUCCUGAGGAUUUUCCAGCUUUAGCGUGAAGAAUCGUCAUGAAUGGUGGUAUCUCAAAGUAGAUUUGGUGUAGCUGUGAAGAGCCCAGCUUUAUGCUGGUGUGGAUUAAGUCUGCUUUGACUGGAAAAGCUGUUGGAGUGGUUGGUGUGGAACGAUUGCAUUCUUCUGUUAAUGGGGUUGGUUUCUGGACACACUGGGGGACUGGGAUCCUGUCACAGGUUGCGGUGUCUGCCUUCAUUUGUGAGAACUGUAUGAAGGCUUACAAUACUUCACUACAAGGCUUCAAAUGAAGUUCAAGAGUACAGUGUUUAAAAAUGUGUAUAUAGAGAUUGUUAUCAAGUUCUUCAUGACACCAUGGUGAAAUGUAAACUUGUACAACAUGGUCUGCGAUUGGAACUUGAUUUCACUGUACCUUUGAAAGCUGCUUUCCCAGUUUCUUUGGGUGAAGCGUGCAUUUCACAGUCACAAGUUCUUUGGAGUCUGGCAAAUAAAGGAAGUGCUUACUGGUU